AUGUUCGGGACAAUGUUAGGAUAUAAAGUUUUUCUUCUUACUUUUGUUAUAUCGUGUGCAUCCGCGAUAGAUUUACCGGAUUUUUUGCAAGUCUGCAGUAGAAAUGAUCCUAAUCUCAAUGACUGCAUAAGAAGAAGUACUGACUAUCUGAAACCAUAUUUAGUAACUGGUGUACCUGAGUAUCAUAUUCCGUCGCUGCAGCCGUUAUUGCUGGAUGAUCUCGUUGGUGAAGGCCAUGGUGUCAAAUGUACGUGCAAGAAUAUUAAAGUUUUUGGAGCAGCUGACUAUUCUGUUAAAUAUAUCAAUGUGGACUUGGCUACACUAGAAUUCAAAGUUGAUAUUUUGCUACCGCACUUGUACGUCGAAGGAACGUAUGAAGUCGAUGGAAAAGUUUUAUUGUUACCAGUUACAGGAAGCGGAGGUUGGCAAGGUAACUUUACAGGCUGUGAUGCAUCGGUCACUUUUACAGCAUCGACAAAUCCCGACGCUUCUGGAGUUAAACAAUUUCAUAUUGAGCAAUUCGAUCUUAAAGUAACAGUAAGCAACGGUUAUUUACACUUUGAAAAUCUUUUCAAUGGUGACAAAACGAUUGGGGAUCUUGUUAAUCAGGCGAUAAACGCUAACUUUAAUGUUUUUCUACGUGAAAUUAUGCCCUUAGUCGAACAUACGCUGUCGUCAACUUUUAGAGAUAUCGGCAAUGGUAUUGUUAAUCCUUUCAGCUAUGAUCAACUUUUCCCAAUGUAA